ACUACAGCGCCACCAGGCAGCCACCUCCCUCCUCUCAGUCGCCUCCCUCCCGCCUCCACUAGUCGUUGUAGUCAACACUGUGCAGUACGCCACCCACCACCUCUCCAUUAAAGAAAAGGGGAGGCAAGUCGGGGCCUCGGGGAGAAGGGGCUGGCUGAGCAUCAGACCAUGACGUCCGGGGCGGCGGCGGCGGGAGGUCUGGGGCGGACGCCGACGUGGAAGGAGCGGGAGAACAACAAGCGCCGGGAGCGCCGGCGGAGGGCCAUCGCCGCCAAGAUCUUCACGGGCCUCCGCGCCCUCGGCAACUACAAGCUGCCCAAGCACUGCGACAACAACGAGGUGCUCAAGGCGCUCUGCCGCGAGGCGGGGUGGGUCGUCGAGGACGACGGCACCACCUACCGGAAGGGUUGCAGGCCGCCGCCGGGGAUGCUGAGCCCGUGCUCGUCGUCGCAGCUGCUGAGCGCGCCGUCCUCGAGCUUCCCGAGCCCGGUGCCGUCCUACCACGCCAGCCCGGCGUCGUCGAGCUUCCCGAGCCCGACGCGCCUCGACCACAGCAGCGGCGGCAGCAGCACCCACAACCCCGCCGCGGCGGCCGCGGCGGCCGCCGCCUCCCUGCUCCCGUUCCUCCGGGGCCUGCCGAACCUGCCGCCGCUCCGCGUGUCCAGCAGCGCGCCCGUCACGCCGCCGCUCUCCUCGCCCACGGCGGCGGCGGCGUCGCGGCCGCCCACCAAGGUCCGCAGGCCCAACUGGGACGCCGCCGCCGCCGUCGUCGCCGCUGACCCCUUCCGGCACCCCUUGUUCGCGGUCUCCGCCCCCGCCAGCCCCACCCGCGCGCGCCGGCGCGAGCACCCGGACACCAUCCCGGAGUGCGACGAGUCCGACGUCUGCUCCGCGGUCGACUCCGCCCGGUGGAUCAGCUUCCAGGCCACCACGGCGCCCGCGUCGCCCACGUACAACCUCGUCCACCCGGCCUCCGACUCCAUGGAGCUGGACGGGACGACGGCAGCCGUCGAGGAGUUCGAGUUCGACAAGGGCCGCGUCGUCACGCCGUGGGAAGGCGAGCGGAUCCACGAGGUCGCCGCCGAGGAGCUCGAGCUCACGCUCGGCGUCGGCGCCAAGUGAAGCGAUUGGCAGCAAGCAAAGCUUGGAUCUUUGAGCUCCCGUACUGCAAUGCCGCGAUUGGCAGAUAAAAAAAAAUGUGUACUACUACGUAGCGUCGUAGCCGCGUGAAGAAUCGUGGAUGCAUUCGUGCUGAGUUUCGAUCGGAGGCACAUUCGGUGUAGGGCGUAGGUGACGCUGUUGUUUCAUUCAUGAACAGCUGAUCAGGUGAAAGAACAAUCGUUGUUCGUC